UCAAGGAAAGAGUCCCUGAGCAAAGGGGAUGUUUUCCUGUCAAUAUAGCAUUCAAAUUUAGCUUCUGCCACUGUAGGCAACGUGGCAUUAAAAGAAGGAGAUUAAGUUAUUAAACUGAGCUGCUUUAAUCAUCCAGUUCGGGGAAAUCUAUUGCUACAGGAGACCUGAGGAUUAAUGUAUUUUUACCGCAAAGCCAAUACGUCUAUUCUGAUCAGUUAGCAGUCGCUCACUCGUGCAUAUGACACUUCAUUCUCUGGGUUUGCACUCAAUAGCAUGGGACCAAAUGGAGUUUUAUUUGGAGAUUGACCCUGUUACCUUAAAUCUCAUCAUUCUGGUAUCUAGUUAUGUUAUUUUGCUUCUGGUUUUCCUGAUCUCCUGUGUGCUCUAUGACUGCAGGGGGAAGGAUCCCAGCAAGGAAUAUGCUCCCGAGGUCCCUGCAAACACUCAGCCUCCGAUCCGGCUGGUGGUGAUGCAGCAGGGCUCCCCCGGCACCCGCUGGGCAAAGGGACUCGUCUCUAACUACGAGAACUCCUCUGACCUGCCAGGGAAAAGGACUACGGUUGUGUAA